GCAAACGGAAGAACAGCAGAAAAUAAUACCAUCCAUACCGCAGACUCGUGGCGAAGCGUCGCAAAAUCGAGUGAUUUCGGCAGUGCAACAGUGAUUCGGUAGCCCCGCGUGUGCGAGAAAAAGCGAUUUAUCAAGCGCGGUACGGUUUCGCGAGGUGUUUCAGCUCGCCCCACGCAGCAAAGUUGGUGGCAGCAGUGGAUGAAAUAAUUGCGUAGAGAAAAGAGGUGCGAGUGGAGGUAGAGGGGAGGCAGAAAGACACACUUUUCGGUCGUGUGGUGUGCAGUUCCCGUUGCAUGAAAUUGAGCUGCGGAAGGUUUACGACGAUUAGCAGCCACAACCCGUCAUCAUGUAUCCAGUAGGGCAACAAUCACCAUGGACUUCUUCGCCGCCAAGGCCUCCAAGUCCGUCUCAGUCGCAGACCAGCUUCGAUACACUCUCACCACCACCAGCGGGAGCGACGGUCAACCCGACCACGGUGGCGACCACGACGGGCACGCAGGGCGCCCAGGCGCUCGGUGUGGUGCCGGCCACACCGCCCGCCCCGCCAGACCUACCGGUGUUUACGUGCCCGCGCCGGCCGAACCUGGGUCGCGAGGGCCGCCCGAUCGUGCUGCGGGCGAACCACUUCCAGAUCACGAUGCCGCGCGGCUACGUGCACCAUUACGACAUCAACAUCCAGCCGGACAAGUGCCCGCGCAAGGUGAACCGCGAGAUCAUCGAGACGAUGGUGCACGCGUACAGUAAGAUGUUCGGGGCGCUGAAGCCCGUCUUCGAUGGGCGCAACAACCUAUACACGCGGGACCUGCUGCCGAUCGGCAACGAUCGGGUCGAGCUGGAGGUGACGCUGCCGGGCGAGGGCAAGGAUCGGGUGUUCCGCGUCACGAUCAAAUGGGUGGCGCAGGUGUCGCUGUUCAAUCUGGAGGAGGCACUCGAGGGCCGCACUCGGCAGAUCCCGUACGACGCGAUCCUCGCCCUGGACGUCGUGAUGCGCCAUCUGCCCAGCAUGACCUACACCCCGGUCGGCAGAAGCUUCUUCAGCUCUCCAGAUGGUUACUAUCACCCUCUCGGAGGCGGUCGUGAAGUAUGGUUUGGGUUCCAUCAGAGUGUUCGACCAUCACAGUGGAAAAUGAUGCUGAACAUUGACGUUUCGGCCACGGCCUUCUACAAAGCACAACCGGUCAUCGAGUUCAUGUGCGAGGUGCUCGACAUCAGAGACAUCAACGAGCAGCGCAAACCGCUGACCGACUCCCAGCGUGUCAAGUUCACGAAGGAGAUCAAGGGGCUGAAGAUCGAAAUCACACACUGCGGCACGAUGCGCCGAAAGUAUCGCGUAUGCAACGUCACGAGACGACCCGCACAAAUGCAAUCCUUCCCGUUGCAGCUAGAGAACGGCCAAACGGUCGAGUGUACGGUGGCCAAAUACUUCCUCGACAAGUACAAGAUGAAGCUGCGCUAUCCGCAUCUGCCGUGUCUGCAGGUUGGCCAGGAGCACAAACACACCUACCUCCCACUGGAGGUAUGCAACAUCGUCGCCGGCCAGCGCUGCAUCAAGAAGCUGACCGAUAUGCAAACGUCGACCAUGAUCAAGGCAACCGCACGAUCGGCGCCCGAUCGCGAGCGCGAAAUCAACAAUCUGGUGCGCCGUGCCGACUUCAACAACGACGCGUACGUGCAGGAGUUUGGUUUGGCCAUCUCGAACAGCAUGAUGGAGGUGCGCGGUCGAGUGCUGCCGCCGCCGAAGCUACAGUACGGUGGUCGCGUUUCCAGCAUGAGCGGACAAUUACUCUCUGGUCCACAGAAUAAGGUGAGCUUAGCAUUACCAAACCAAGGGGUUUGGGAUAUGCGAGGCAAACAAUUUUUCACCGGCGUCGAGAUUCGCGUGUGGGCCAUCGCCUGCUUCGCGCCGCAGCGGACCGUGCGCGAGGACGCCCUGCGCAACUUCACCCAGCAGCUACAGAAGAUAUCGAACGACGCGGGCAUGCCGAUCAUCGGACAGCCGUGCUUCUGCAAGUACGCGACCGGCCCGGACCAGGUGGAACCGAUGUUCAGAUAUCUGAAGAGCACCUUUAGCCAUCUGCAGCUGGUCGUCGUGGUGCUUCCCGGCAAGACGCCCGUCUACGCCGAAGUCAAGCGAGUUGGAGACACGGUACUCGGCAUGGCAACACAGUGCGUGCAGGCAAAGAACGUUAACAAAACUUCACCACAAACGCUGUCCAAUCUCUGCUUGAAGAUCAACGUGAAACUGGGCGGAAUCAACUCGAUCCUGGUGCCAUCGAUCAGACCAAAGGUAUUCGACGAGCCCGUUAUUUUCCUCGGUGCCGAUGUCACCCAUCCGCCGGCGGGUGAUAACAAGAAGCCCUCGAUAGCGGCGGUCGUCGGAUCGAUGGACGCCCAUCCGUCGAGGUACGCCGCGACGGUGCGCGUGCAGCAACAUCGGCAGGAAAUCAUCCAGGAGCUGAGCAGUAUGGUGCGCGAGCUGUUGAUCAUGUUCUACAAAUCGACCGGAGGCUUCAAGCCGCACCGCAUCAUCCUUUACCGGGACGGCGUGUCGGAGGGCCAGUUCCCGCACGUGCUGCAGCACGAGCUGACCGCGAUCCGCGAGGCGUGCAUCAAGCUCGAGGCCGACUACAAGCCCGGCAUUACGUUCAUCGUGGUGCAGAAGCGCCACCACACGCGACUUUUCUGCGCGGACAAGAAGGAACAAAGUGGCAAGUCGGGCAACAUUCCAGCCGGUACGACGGUGGACGUCGGCAUCACCCACCCGACCGAGUUCGACUUUUACCUCUGCAGCCACCAGGGUAUUCAGGGUACCAGUCGCCCAUCGCACUACCACGUCCUCUGGGAUGACAAUCACUUCGAGUCGGAUGAGCUGCAGUGCCUCACAUAUCAGCUGUGUCACACGUACGUCCGGUGUACUCGAUCUGUGUCCAUUCCAGCGCCCGCUUACUACGCACAUCUGGUCGCAUUUAGGGCGAGGUACCAUCUGGUCGAGAAGGAACACGACUCCGGCGAAGGAUCUCACCAGAGUGGUUGCUCGGAGGACAGAACGCCCGGUGCGAUGGCCCGCGCGAUCACCGUGCACGCCGACACCAAAAAGGUUAUGUACUUUGCCUAAGCUGCUACGCCGGGGUUCUUCAAGCCACCACCGGUGCUCCGUUUUGCAGUUGUUUUUUGUUGUUUUUAAAGCGAAGACGCAAACAGACAGAUACAAGGCACGAGAUUCGAUCGCUGCCGUACCAACGCCAAAACGAAUAUCAUCCACGGAGAUUAGAGGAGUGCGCCAUGUAAGCGCUUCGUAAACAGGAUAUCAUUAUUAUCAUUGUCAUUAUUAUGUCGACAUCUCAUCAUCGUGCACACUCGAAGCAAGAACGGAAGAUGCCCAGGAGGAGAAGAAGGAACAAACGAUAUCGCUAUUUACCCGAUCUCGGCGCAUACGGUACACAGUUUUUCGUAUGUGUAUCGCUCAUUUAAGGCUUUAGUUUUUCGGAACACCACCACACAGGCAGGCGGCAUUACCUUCAAUUUUGCGUAUUGCUCAUCACGAUCGAACGACUAUGAUUCCAUACGUUAAUAACACGUACACGCUCAAAUCAUGCUCAUGCUGCGUGUAGCUCUCGGUUUUAACGCAUCUCACAAGCGUGCGUGUAGCAGCUUUUCUCCAAUAUCAAAGUGUGACUUACUUCAAAGUGUCGAGAGGCAUUAUUUAAAACAAUUAUCUAUUUCUUAACAUCUCCCCAAUUGUGACCUAACCCCGAGGUUUGUUGUAAGAUGAGCCGUCGAUUGGCCGCUAUCAUGCUUUAAAGUUUUUUUUUUGUGUUGCCUCUUUUGCUAUUGCAACUGGAUAGGGAAGCAAUGAAUGGCAAAGCUCGCGUGUGCGUAUAACAAGAAACCAAAGCCACGGUUUCAGUACCCAAAACAUACGACAAAAAUAGUACCUCUACUUCUUGCUUUUCUCUUUUUCGUGUCAAUAACGGUUUAAUUAAUUUAAAGAAAAAACAAACAAACAAAAAAACAAAGCUUUUGUUGUUACAAAGGAUUAUAGUGGGAAAAUUAGAAAUCAUGUGAGAGUAUGAAGAAAAAGGUAUCAGCAUUGGGUGAUAUCGGAUUUACAAAAACAACAAGGUUCACUCGCGUGUACACAUGGUUAGUCGGUAAUAGUUUAGUACAAUUGAAAUACAAGGGAUUUUUUACGGCUUAACGAAAUCACUCCAACAGGAUCACAAUACGUUCACGGAACGUGAACCAAAACAAAACGUAUGAAAGAAGACAUCUAGGAGGAUAGUUAAUAGUUGAAUAAGGCUUUCUACAUAUUUUUUUUAUUGUUUUAAUUUAGGAGAUAGUUUCCUGCCAAUAUGAUCCUGUAACGCAUACUUCGUAUGAGUAAUGUGCUAAGCAAUCGAGCAUUAAACCACCCGAACAAUUAUUCAUUACAAACUGUAACAAAGAAGUCAGUAGAAAGAAGGAGCAUUAUGGCUGUAUUUUUUGAGGUCUCAGAUAAUGUCUUGAAAGCGCCACAAAAUGAGUCGAUCGUGAAAUACGGUGAACUAUUUUGUUUCGCCUUGUUUGUUUUUUGCUUCUGUCAAUGCAAUAUAUCCGACUUUUAGACCUAGGUUUAGCAUUUCUUUUUUUGUUAAUGAUAAAUAUUUACCAUUACCUGCAUAACGGUCCUCUCUUACGGCCUGAACCGCUCAUCUACCAUACUUUGCUAAAAAAAUAGAACCAGUAACGAAAUCUGACGAUCUUGAAAUAUGAUCCUCAAAGCAGUUGGAAAGGAUUUGGGCGCGCGCAUCUUCGUCGCCAUUUCCUCCGAACCUCUGUCAUUAACCAUUACUUUAGUUAUAGACCGUUUCGACUGCCACUCGAACCACGGACUCGAUCGCUGGGAUAGCACAACAACACACUACUUAGGCCACUACACGUGUGGCGCCUUUCUUACGUCGUGUCCUAUAGAAAGCUGUCGCGAAACGCGAGUUGAUUGUAAAUAGUUAAACAUUGUUCAUCGUUCUCGUUUUUUACGUUUGCAUUGCUUAGUGUCACCUUUGAACGCCGCAGAAAACUGCGAUACAGUACGCAACAGAACAUUAAUUAAAACGUGCCGGGAAUUAGGAAACGUUAACCAACAAUCAAUUGUUCUACAAUAUUGGACGGACCGUAUAAGCAUACCUAAUCAAAUCGUAGCGUAGUAAUUGAGUACACUGAUCGUGGAAAAGGAUGUAUCCAAGCAUAAGGUAUGCAAAAAACAAUUAUUAAAUUCUCAGCAAAACACGUGGAUGCCCGAAGCGCGCGUAUCCGUGCCCCGGUUGGGGGCGGGGAUAGUGUAGGGACGCGGAAGGUACACGUUUUCUCGACAUCUCAGAGUCCGCGGCUUAACCAGCUUGUCAGGAGUAAAAUGUAUGUGUAUAUUUAAAAGAAGAUGGCGACCAUUUUAACCGGUAGCGAUGCAAAAUGGCAUGUAUAGUGAAAAUCAAAUCAAAUCAAAUCCUCUCGAAUCGAUGGAGGCUUUUUAUUACUGCAAAUCGUGUGUCAAACAAUGGAUGCUACUGAAGAUAUAGCAAGAAAGCGGGGUAAAAGAAUAGAUGAGAAGCAGCCACAGCAGCAAUAGCAGCAGCAGCAGCAACAGCAGUAGUCUUAGUGGCCCAUAUUAAGGGACACGACACUAAACAGUAAUGACAGCUAAGGGCAGAAAGUAAAACAAAACACAAAUGAGGAAUCUGUGUGAUGAUGCAGCUGCAGGUGUUUGUCUGGCUGCUACACUUAACCGUAAGGAUAACUAAUAGUAACGGAUUGUGACCACACACAAACACACACACACAAAUUGAUCAUAGGUCAUCUGUAAAAAUGACACCCCAUGGACACCCAAAAAAAACCAAACAAGAAUCGACCCACCCAGCACACACUAAAAACCAGAUUGACCGGCGUAAAGCGCUAGUCAGAAAAAAAUGAUGAAGAAUGGAGCAGAAAGGCAAUAAGUAGGAAAGGAAGGAACGUAAGGAAAAUUAUGCAUACUGGCGUCUUUCCUUCGAAUCGCUAUCGAAAACGAAAAAAAAAGUAUAUCUUGUUGAGGUUUCAGUAAGCACCAACGAUGGAUCCAAGUCCAGUUUCCUCUAAAUAAACCCAAAUGGCCCUCCAGAAGAGUGAAACGACCGCUUGGCUGAGACCCACGGGUUGUUUUCCCUAUCAAAGCACAGCCUUUGGGAGUGUUUUUGCUCGCGGAAGAAGACAUACGGAGGGCAAUAAAACAAACACUAACAUCAUAUGAAUAUUGAUCCAAUUUUUAAAUCCGUUGCACACGUAGCUUUCAUUAGCCUUAUGUUUUUUCUCGUAGCGUUAAUGUUUGAGCAUCUACAUACGGUAUUAAGGUAGAUACGUGUCUAGGAAACGAAUGGUACAAUUUUGAUACCAUUUAAGGUAGAUGGCAAGCUUUGAAUUUUAACCUUGGUCCACUAAAAGGGACUACCCAUGAAAAAUCGAAUGAGGCUUACUUUGAAAUCGGGUGAGGAUGACGACGGACGAGUAUGUGGUUUUGGGAAAAAACACAGAAAGCAACAAAGGGUUCUCUUAACUAUCCAUCAAUAGAAAAAAUAUCAGUUCGCAACAACAACGUGUGUCAAGCUAACAAUUAGUUAAUGAGUCGUUCAUUAAAUAAAAAAAAGGAAUCAUUCAAAAUAACGAUAACCACUAGCAAGGUAGCCUACUACGGGCGUCCAGUAAGAUGAAACUUCAGACCGGGAAUUAGAUUGUAAGAAUUAAAAUGAAAAAAAAAACUAAAAAAAAACACUUUUUCACUUCGACGGUAACCAAAUCUACACAACUUUAGUUAAAAACGUGCAAAACAAGGAUUCAUAGAGCGUACCCACUGCUCCCCUAGUGUUAUUAUUAACAGUACGUUAAAGCUGUUUAUUUUGUUUGCGGUCGUCUUUCGAAUGCGUAGCUAUGUAUACUUUUUAUUUAUUAAGCAAACACAGAAGAAAGGUGGCGCCACAGUCAGGUUUCGCGAAUAAAACAAAAAAAACUACUGAAAACUAAGUAUAAACAUAUAUUUUUAUGCACUGGAACUUAGCCUCUAAUUCUGCAGCAUAAGUGAA